CCGCGAUAACACGUGCCACGAGUCAGCUUUCACCGGUGGUAAGGUAUAAAAAAGCACGGCCGUCUGUUGUUAAGCCAUCACUCUCACUUCGUUGCAUCUGCCCAGCCGGUGUUGUCACCCUUCAGCGUUUGACCAAGAUGCUGUCCCUCGUCCUCGUUCUUCUGGGCGUGAGCGCCUGCUUCGCCGGUGACGUCCUCCUGGGCGGUGGUGGCUACGCCGGAGGCGCAGGCCUGGGCACCGGCUUGGGAGUCGGCGGAUACCCCGUGGGUGGUGGCUUCGGUGCCGGCUACAACCAGCAGGCUGGGGCCUCGCAGGGUGGGUUUAGCGCCAGCGCAUCUGGACACAACCAGGGAAGCGGAGCCUUCGACAGGGGCAACGCUUUCAAGAACGUCCAGGGAUACAGGAACCAAGCUGGCCACCGCAACAGCCAGGGCUUCUCCGAGUCCUCGAGCAACCGCUACGGCAGCGGCUUCGGUCAGGGCAGCGCCGGCUUCAACCGGGGUGCGUCCGGUGCUCAGGGAUCUUUCGGAAAGCAGGGAUAUGGCAGUAGCGUCGCCGGCUUCGCUGGUUAAUAAACUACUCUGACGUCACGUUUUCACCAUCAUCCCACCACUCCACGUCAACAAACUAGUCUCGAGCAGAGAAGACACUGCUCAUGAAUCAACAAACCCCUGGUCGAACAGAAUCGACAACGGCGGUAGAUGUUAUGUACACAGAAUAUGAAAAAUAAAU